AUGCAGUUUGUGGGUGAUGGUCAUGAUGGUAAUGAUGGGGUUGAUGAUGAUGAAAAACGAAUAAUGUCAACACUACUUAAUCAAGUAUGGUUUUUGGCAUUUAUAAAAUAUUCCUCUUGUCAACUAACCAGCUAACU